AGGUAACCGUAACUAUGUAUGACGUGUGUUCUUUUCAUGGUGACAGAUAAUCAAAAGACAAGAUAUGGUCGACUAGUCGGCUAAAUAACGGUGCUUUUAUAUUUUUAUUUUAACAAAAUGGAUUGGAGUUUGAAUACAAUAUAGCAGAAGUUGUAGAUUGGUGACUCUGCCGGACAGGAAGUGAUGGACUUCCGGUGGGGGAGGAGCCGGGGCGAGGAGGGCAUCGCCGUGGUGAUAAACUUCCUGCUGGCUAAUGCCCGAUUGGUCCUGGGAGUGGGAGGGGCCGCGGUGCUGGGCAUCGCUACGUUGGCUGUCAAGAGGUUGAUAGAACGUGCGGGCCGAGCGGCGGAGGACGAGAAGGUGGAACAGAAGAUGUCAGAGAGCUGGGAGGAGCUUGGCUUAGUCUCCGCCUCCCCCAAGUCCAUAAGGAAGGGGCUGGAGAGUGUGGUCAUGAAACAUGUCGCCAAGGCAACCAAACCACAGAAAGCUGACCUGUGCCAGCCCCAGCAGCAGAAGUCUAGUCUGAAUGAGAAGCCUGUCAACGCAGCAGAGCCCCAGAGACCCAAGAGCCUACAGCUGUCUCUCACCCUGCAGGACCGUCUCCAGCAGUAUUAUUCAACCAGAGCAGCUUUAGCCCCAGAGGUCGUCCACAGAGCUGAAAGUCUCGCUCUAGAUAUCUGUAUAGAGGUACAAGGCUUCCUGCACAGCACAAACCCUGACAUGCCUCUGGGAGAGAUGUCACUGGGAGGGUCCCUGCUCGACGACCUACAGGUGGUGAGAGCGGACCAUGCGUGCCUGCUGGUUCCCCUCCAGCUAGAACCCAGUCUGUGGAGACUGAUCCCUGGGGAGGAGACUCUCCUAACACACCCUUUACACUGGAUGGUCCGGCGAGUCAACCUGGAGUACUUCCCUAGAGGACGCAGCUACUGGGACCGGUUCCUAGUUGGAGGUUAUCUGUCCUGCCGGGCGCUGGUGAGCAUGCUCAGUAAGGCUGUGAUGGAAACCAUGAACUGGCCGUCUCUGUCCUCCACUCUGGACUGUCUGGUCAGGCCUGUCCUCGGGGGAGAUGAACUGAAACUAGAGAUACGACCAGAGCGAGGUGAUACUCUCUUCAUCUCCAUAGUGCCGGUGCUGAGGGAGGCAGACGUGGUUCUGACUGCCCAGGUAGAGUUAACCCAGCCCUGGGAUAGUGCCUGGCACCUCUCCCUCUACCCCUGGGAGACCCAGCGCCUGACCCAGCUUGACUCCGCUGACCAGGGGGUCCGACGCUCCCUCCUCAAAACCCUCAAAGCCGUCUGUCGACACUGUCCCGCCCUGCGACCCCUCACCGCCGCGCCGCUGGCCAACCUCAUCCUCCACCUCAGCGACAAGGACGUGGAUUGGUCGGAGGGUUGUCUGAGUGGGCGGUUCCAGCAGUGUGUGUGGGAGCUGAUAGGCUAUCUGGAGCAGGGGGUGUUACCUAGCUACUUCAAGCCCAGUGUUAAUAUGUUGAACGGAGUGACGGAGGAAGAGGUCGAUGAGAUGGGCUUUUUGUUGUACUGCGCCGUCUCUGAACCAGACAUUCUGCUGAUAUAGAUAUAUAUAUAUAUAUACUCUAACCUGGUGUAUAUAUCAGAGAGGAAGAGGACAUGUAUUAGAUAUAAGAGGCACCACCCUGACGUCUAUAGAUCAGUUGUACCAUAUUACCGCUCCACUGAGACGCGGACGGGAGAUUGUUGUCCAGGCAGUCGUGCAUCUCCUUCACAUACACCUGUGGGGGCUGACUGACUAAACAGAGAUGAUUUAUACAUUGUGUAUGAGCACUAUGGUGUGGAUGAGUUGAUGGGGGGCUCUGACUGAGCAGCACAGAGACUCUGGUGACGUGAUGAUGAUGAUGAUGAUGGACUGUGCCUUAGGGGAAGCAGAUGAGGGAAGGAAGAAAUUAAAAGGAAGACUAGGGCUGCGUUUUACACAGACACCCAAUUCUGAUCAUUUGGGGGCAGAAUCGGGUUACCUGUGUUAAACGCAGCCUCUAGUGACGGAGACUUGGCUUUCUCCUGCUGCGGACUACAUAUCUAGAUCUAGUACAUCUCUGGCCAAAAGGCUGUUUCAGAAUGGCCUGUGCCAUUGAGGCUACAACCCAUAGGAAUCCCCCACCCUAGUUGACUACUUUAAAAUGGUGGAAGCCCUCAAUGGACUAUAUAUCUAGAUCUAGUACAUCUCUGUCCAAAAGGCUGUUUCAGAAUGGCCUGCGCCAUUGAGGCUACAACCCAUAGGAAUCCCCCACCCUAGUUGACUACUUUAAAAUGGUGGAAGCCCUCAAUGAGCGCUACCCAUUCUAAAACUGCAUUUUUUUUUGGGGGGGGGGGGGUCAUUAAAAGGCCUGGAUCAUUCUCUAUGGGCCGACUGGAUGACAAGAUAACAGAGUUAGCACCAGUUACCAUAGCCACAAAGUGAUAAUUAUGUCUAAAAUCCCUCCGCCAAUUUCUCUUCUUAAAGUCUGAUGUUUAAACCUGUUUAAUGACGUCAUUAUAUGCACCUUCUACUGAAUCAAGUGCUCUGCCUUUUCUUUUCAUAAUGUCGUGCGUGUUUUGCGUUUUGCUGCGGUUGUUUUUAAGUUGAAGAGUGAUUUAAAUAAAUGUUUUCUGCUGAACUACU